AUGAAUUUGCUCCAAAAACAAUCGCCAUCAUCGUCGUCGCACAGCUCACGGAGCUCUCAAAGUGCUCCAGGAGCGUCUGGAGCACAAUUUUCAAUUGAGAAUAUUCUGAAUUUGUGUCCGAAAGUGGAGAUAAAAGAGGAAGAGGAAGAGGAAGAAGAAGAAGAAGAAGAAGAAGAGGGAGUGAGUUCUUCUCCGUCUCCCACUUGCUCGACAACCAGUUUCACGUUGGACUCGCUCCACAAUUCCGAUCGGAGGAGUUUGAAUAAAAAAAGGUGCUGCUGCUGCGGCCAUGAUGUAAUAAUUAAUUACUGACGCCUGCAAUUUUUUUCCAGCUCUUCGCACCGAUGUGUAUGUGAUUUGUGUGGAAAAAGCUACGCGACGACGUCGAAUUUGAGCCGACAUAAACAGGUACAUUUAUUUGAAAAGAAAGAGAGAGACUCGUUCACGCCUCGUGAAAAUGUGUAUCUUGUGAAACGGUGAAUCGAUGGCAUUUGCUGUCUCGAACUAACUGCUGCGACAAUGCGAAUCGAGAAUCGACAAAGAAUUUGCAUUGUUUUCGAAAGUGCGCCCCGCCCAAUAGAGCGAUACAUUGGCGCGAAGUUCAAAUUUUAACAGCAAAUUUUGUGUUUUUCGCCAAAUUAGUCACGAAAAAUCGAUAAUUUCUGAUUUUUCUCACGAUACACCGAUUGUAUAGGCUAUUACGAAUUUUUAAAGCGCAAGAGCGUUAAAUUUGGUCAAAUCGCAAAUCACAUUUAUCCGUUUGAAGGUUUUUGGAUAAAACUGCGUGAAUUUCAGUUGCUUUUCGGUAGUUUUCACGGUUCGAGCGCUCAAAAUUCUUGUAUUUACGUGAUUUAUCAUUCUCAAAACCAAUUCUGUCUGAAAACGGUCAAGAAAGCGCAAAAUGAGAGGUGCGGUUUUUAGGCGGCGAUCGGCGGCGAAAAUGAAAAAGCGAAAUCCGCGAAAAAUGCACAUACAAUAUUCCGAUCGGUCCCAAACUUUGCAGGAUUGUUGGACAUGGGUUAAGGGCCGUUGGGACCAAAUUUCAGCCCGAUCGGAGCACCUAGACCCGAGAUUUGUGAAUCGUUGGCCGGAAGCUCGGGCUUUUUGGAAAAAAUCGGCUAAUGAUCCACAUAUCUCGGGAGCCGACGAUCCGAUCGGGCUGAAACUUGGUCCCAACGGCCCUCAAUCCAAGUCCAACAAUUCUCCAAAGUUUGGGUCCGAUCGGAAAACUCCAAUUGUCUAGCCCUGGUGGACUAUCAAUUUUCAGACGCACCGGGCCUUGGACAGUCCGCACGCGAAGCAAUGUCCACAUUGCGAUCGGGUUUAUGUGAGCAUGCCCGCUUUGAGGUAAGUCAACAAUAUCCGCAAACGAAACAUUGAAACAUCAGGUCUGAAACUGAAAUUCUAGUUGCCAAACGUCUGUCAGUUCAAUUCAAUUUUCAGUUAAAGCAGUAAAAACGCAUGAUUGAUGCAUUUUACAAGUUGCAAAGUGUCUUAGUCGGUUGCCAACCGUCCCGCUUUAUUUUUUGCCUUAAAAAAAGAAGAAAAAACUGAUAGUGGCUAGAGCUAGUUUCAAACUGUCUAUCGGUUACAAAACGUUCAAUUCAAUUAACUAUUUUUGUGUUUCCAUGCUAACUACAUUUGUGGAACUAGAAAUUGUCCGAUUUCCGUCCGAUUUCAAAGUGUCCUCCUCUGCUUGUACUAAUACCUUGUGUAAUUGAUCCUUUUCUCUUUGCCCCCCGGUUAAUCCGUCUCCUCCUUUUUCGAUUACUAUUAUUUAAUCACCAACAAUUCGCACCUGCCCCCCUCGUCGGAUAUUGCGCAAUCACCACCUGUACUCUUGAUUGUCUUUUCUCUGCGUCUCUUUGAAUAUUACGCUAUUCUCGCGAGGGGGUGGAGAGUUAUGUAAUAACUGGUAAUAAGAAAAUGAGGAAGCACCUAUCUAUCAUUCGAGAGGUUGGUACUAGCUCUAGUUUUCCAGGGAUACAGAUAAUUAAACAUUUUUCAAACAUUUCUAGCAUGCACAUUCUAACGCACAACGCUUCGCACGAGUGUUCCGUCUGCGGAAAGCGCUUCUCGCGACUUUGGCUCCUGCAGGGACAUCUCCGCUCCCACACAGGACUUCGCCCGUUUCAGUGCGCACAUUGCGGCAAAUCGUUCGCCGAUCGCAGCAAUUUGAGAGCUCACAUGCUUACGCAUACAGGUAAAUUCUAGAGACAAAUUCAAAACAAUACAACAAAAUUCAGGAGACAAACGAUUCGAAUGCGACAAAUGUGGCCGCCGAUUUGCUCUACGCGCCUAUCUGAAUCGCCACCUCGAGUCCUGUAAAUAA